AUGUCCACCUCAGAUGUUCAGCGCCACGCACGAGAGGAUGGGCGAGUGCAACGUCAUUCUGAACGAGAAGACGUGCACGGCAACAAUGAGGAGGAACAGCAUGCGCCUCUAACGGCGCGGCAGAAAGCAUCUUUACGCUUUCUUCAGGUGAACACGCCUAUUAGCCUGUUGUGCUGCAUUGCAACGGCGCUCUUUGCCGCAAUGAUUGUGCCUUCAAUUCACUAUGUGUUCCGGAGUCAGCCGACGUACUUUAGUAUGGCACCGCUCAUGCUCCUUGCGUACAGUAUCGUUAUGUUGCUGUUCGAGUUUGGCUUUUGUUUGCUAGCUGUCAUCACACCUAACCCACACACACAGCGAUGCAUUGUACAGGGUGCAGGCUCAAGACUAGCCUUGGCAAACUACAUGCUAUCGAUGUGGCUUUUGUGUCGUAUUAUCGACAGCACGACAACCAUGGUGAUUGGCUCUUGUGUGCUUGUUGGCAUUGCAAUUCUGACGCUAACAAAUGGUGUUGUAUUGCGUGCCAAGUACCGCGCACGUUGGAUGCAUCCAUUAGAGUUGCUCCUCGUGCAUGUGCCGAACAAGCUGGUCUUUCUUUUUGUAGCCCAAGUUUUGUUGUGGGAUCAGCUAAUGCUCACAUGGGGCUGGGACCGCAGCCUUGGAAGAGACGCACUGGCUAAGGGAUUUUGGUUUGCUGUUUGCGUGCAAACCUUGUCCGGCAUUGGGCUCAUUGUUUGGAUCACGUACACGUGCGAUGUGUCAGUAUAUGUGAUUUCGAUGUUCCUCGACGCUGCUGUCCUCAAGUUUUACAAGAUGCCCAUCAUCGGCCCGAACGCGCGGCCCUUUAUCCUCACAAUCAUCUUCUUUGUCUCAAUGUUUCUGCGGACGAUUGCACUGCUUGUUCCCGCAAUGCUGCAGAAUGGAUUCCUUGUCAUAUGUCAUACUCACAGGCGUCAUGUUCCGGAUGCACCAUACGAAAAUCCAGCUGUCGAAGAUGUGUCCACUUCUACGCCCAGUGCUCUACCGCCGCCCUCAUCCGCGCAGCCUUCAGUUGGGGCUGGUGCUUCCAACGACAAUGAUGAAGAGUCGACUGAGCGCACACGACUGCUUAGGCACACUGAUCCUGCCUAUGGCGCCGUUUCGUCGGCAUGA